GCCUCUCCUCCAUUAUCCACACCCUGUCUUUUUGCGUCGGUUGGGACGUACGUAACAAAGCUCGUUUUUUUAACAAAGAGGAAGAGUUUGUGCCGAUUUUUAGAGGUCUCUUCCUCCUAAUUUUUCAUCAAAAACAAAGCUUCUGAGUUCUGAGAGAAGAUGUUGGAAGGCAAGGGGAUGAUCCAAGACACAGACAUGCCAUUGGAGAUGCAGCUCCAAGCCAUGUCCUCCGCCAGCGAAGCUCUCGACCUCUUCGACGUCUUGGAUUGCAGGAACAUCGCCGGCCACAUCAAGAAGGAAUUUGAUGUGGUGUAUGGACCUGGAUGGCAGUGCGUUGUGGGAUCAAAUUUUGGGUGUUUUUUUACACACUCUAAGGGGACCUUCAUCUACUUCUGCUUGGAGUCUCUCAAGUUUCUCAUCUUUAAAGGAGCUUCUGCAUAGUUUGAACCAUUGCAUACUGGAGAGUGGAAUCUACUGUAGAUAGCACUUUUCUCCUUCGAAAUACUGAAUUAUAUUCAGACUUGAUACGAUCAAACUUCAAAUGUUUCUUAGAAUUCACAUGGUGGAAAGAUCUGUAAACUUGUGACUACGCAUGUAAAAGAAAGGUUUGGCAUACCAAACCAUCGUUUCAAUGAAACUUGGGGUUAAGUGAUAAA